AUGUCCACGGUCGACAGUAAUGAUGAUGGUGAUGAUGGCGACGAUGAGCGCAGCAGCAUCAGCGAAGGAGAUAAUGCAGACCCAUUAUCUUCUGCCAACAAUGAUGUUGAUGAUGAUGGUGAUGAUGUAGAUGGUAAUGAGAGCGGUGCUGGCUACCACAUCAUCAUCAUCGACCAUACCUCCGACCUGCGGCUAGGUUCUCACACUGACCAUGAAAGUACUGUUGCCAGUAGCAGUAACAGUAAUGAAGAUGCAGAUAGAUGUGAAGGUUGUGAUGAGUACAGCACCAGUAGUGAAGAAGAAGAGGAAAAUGUGUUGGAUCCCGUCAAUAAUGACGGAUUUCCGAUACGUGGAGAGGUUCAAACAGUAACAUUAGAGGAAGUGGACACCCUGGUGGAUUUUUGGGCUGACGAAUUAGAAGGGAAAAUUGCACAAUAUUUAGAGAGGAAGAUUCCUUUCCGCAACUACGGUCGUGGGUAUGGACCUAGCCACCUCUGA